AUGGCCGAUCUGAGUAAAAAUCACGAAUCUUCUACUACAAGGCUAAACGAACAAUCUCUGUUGUGCGUUGACGAGGUUAAAGAGAAUCUCCCUAUACACUCCGUUCCAUUAAGUCAAGGAGACCAGUUCCACAUCUCUAGAAAUGAGCAAACACAUCAAGCUUUUUCGACCUAUUUCGCCACUUUUUCUUCCACUCCAAUGACUCAACCAAAUCCUGCAGAAGUAGUAACUUCUUUUCCAAACUCGGAAUUAGCAAGUCCUGAAAUACGACGUCAUUCCUGCUCUUCCUCUUUCAUUCCUCAAUCUCGUUAUCAACCUAGGAGACCUGUUGAAAAUUGGAAAUACACCGAGAUCGCGUCUUUAGAAGGUGAAAUCUCCUAUCUCUGCUCCUUUUGCAAGCUGCCAUAUAAAUACAAGAAGUCGCUCAAUAAGCACUUUAAAGAUAAACAUCCAGAAAUUGAUGGACCAGGUGACGCUAACAACUCCUUGCCCUCCGAAGCCAAUUCCACCCCUAUUAGAGAAAUCAAACCGCGCUUCUCAUUGCCAUUGCAACGUCAUAAGUUUAAUGCAGGGCAAUCUCUACUUCCUCAGCAACCGCGAGGUGAGAUGCCAGAGAUAACCAUAGAGCAAAUAGAACCUGUAGAUCUUACGCUUGCUGCUUGUCAGCAAACUGAGAAUUCGAAAUCCGUUUCGGGAGAAAACUCUUUUUCCCGUUCAUCUCUUAUUGAAUUGCUGAGUAAUGCGUCAAACCUACUACAACACGAGUCAAUAGAGGAGAUGACAGUUGAAUCAAUGUCUCAAACAACACUUGAAUGUCUCCAACUCCUUGGACAUCACUUAGAAUCAAUUCUUUCGGGACCGAAAGACAGAAAACGUCCAGAUGGGAAACGCAUCAUAUGCCAAUUUUGCACCGAUUUCAAUGGAAAGUGGUACAGCGAAUUGAAGACCCACGUCUGCAACCACUCAGCCCACAAGCUCUUUGGUUGUCGAUCUUGCCCGUACAGAUGCAAGUGGAAAUGGGAUGCUAUGAAGCAUAUGCGAAGAUGUCCUAAAACCACUGAUAUUGCAUCAUUAAAGAAUGAGGAAAUGAAUCCCUACAUCAAGUUUUAUGUUCCGCCUGAGGGGGAUUUAUUGAAUAACUACUAUAUGGAUGAAAUUGAAGCCUCUUUGAACACUAGCAAGCAGGAAUUGGAUAGUAUAGAGGAUCAAAACGUGUCUGAAAGCCCCGAGAUGCUAAAUGAGACUUCUAAUGUUGUGACAGAUGGAACAAUUGGCUUAGGUUUAGUAAAUCGUACGCCUCUUGCCCCUCUAAAUAUGACUUUUGAAUCAACAGAUCCGUUAGAGUCGAUCCCUGUGAUGCCGAAUGCUCUUCCUCAGGAUAUUUUAACCCAAUCAAUGCUAGCAGAAAGUCUAAGAAACUUGAAUCGUUUAGCAUCGACGAAUAUGCCUGCCAAUUUCAAUAUUUUAAAAGAGUUUCCGCCUCUGGCUCAUACGAGCGCCCCAAUUCCUCCCAUUUCUCUGACAAAUUCCUCUACACCUAAUUCUCCUCUCCCAUUAAUAAAGCGACUUUCGGAACGUUCCAGCAAUGAUGAGAUUCUUGAUAUUCAACCGCCCGCAGAAUCUGAAUCGUCAUUAAGAAUGCCUCGUCCCACAACGCCCUCUGAAAAUAUCGAGAGCAAGGCUCCCCUUUCAGUAAGAAAACGACCUUCACAAAUAUCUUUGCCAUCUCCCAAGCAUCGUCACUCUAUUCAAAACGAUGAGAAUGCAGUUGCAGAAGUGAAAAACGAGACCUCCGAUCUACCAAUUUCCACGGAUUUCUCCGCUAGACCUUCCCUUAAGCCCACAUUAUCUGUCUUGAAGCGAACUCAAUCACCUCGACCUAAACUAAUUGCCAAUAGAAAUUCGUUAACAAAGGAAAGAUCCAAUUUCCGGCUCCCUGUUGAUAGGUCUCUUCUAGCUAGCGAAGACGACAAGGAAAACAGUCCCAGUAAUUAA